UUUGAAGUUAGACUAACAGCUGACAGAGACAGACAAGAGACAUGAGGAGAGAUAGCGAUGAGCAUUGAGGAGACUUUACUUUUCUGAGGCCCUCUGGCUCUGAGGGGACGAGACUAAGCCGAGUGGCCUCAUCAUUUUAGCUAGAGAGGGAAAGAUAGCCAUGAAGAAUUAAAGAAAUAUUUUUAAAACCCCAUUAGAUUUAACUUCUAAACAUUAAUUUCAUUAUAUCGUCCUGCUGUUUAUCUGAUCUGGGAGCUUAAUGGCCGUUACUCAGGCUGCGCUCCCUUCCUUCAGCUCUUUCUCCAGCCUUUCUCCCUCCACUGACGUCAUGAAGGUGUGGAAGUCCAGUGAUGGUUCUCUCCCUCUGGACUCUACGAUCAAUAAGCUGUCACCAAACAGCUCUGACCAGGUCCAUGUCAGCCAGCAAAUGAAACAGGAGCUCCUUGAUGAUGAUAGCCAGACAUCGUGGGACAUCGAGCUUCUGCUUUCUGAGUGGAGCAGCAAUUCCCCCGAUCUCAACUCUACUUUAGAUGGUCAACUACUUGCUCAACCUGAGCCAAACCUGCCUUACCAAGGGAUGGGUAUGUUCAAGGAGCAGACAGGGCAGGAGACUCUCCAGAUGAGCAAUGGCGGCCUCAUGGCUGAGCUCAUGUCUCCAGCUGAAGCCCCAUCUGUGCAGCCUGAGAUCUACCAUCAUGAUUACACCUGUGACCAGCCAGGUCGAGGUGUGUUUCUUAAUGCACAGAACAUAAACCAGUUUGACAUCCCUCAUGGAGGCAGUGUAGACAGACACAGCAGAGGAAGUUUCAAUAAGUUCACUUCCUGGGACUUUAACCAUUACUACACCCAGCAACACAACCCAAUGCUCACCAUGCCAGAUAACAGGUUCAUCCAGCCACAGGUCAUGACCCCUGACCCCCGGCAUUACAGCUACGUGCCCCAGUUUGGUCCAAACUCCAACCUGUGCGGUGAAUACUCCCACCACCAUGGCCAAGCCACCCUUCAUUUGCCCAAUCAUCAGCAACCCAUACUGGUCAGGCAACAUUUGCCUCCUUGUGGAGUGGAGGGGAAGAGGGGCAGGAGACCCACUGGGAAAAAAAAGCCUGCCGUCCACAGCUGUGAGUACCCAGGCUGCACCAAGACCUACACCAAGAGCUCACACCUGAAAGCUCACCUCCGGACCCACACAGGAGAGAAGCCAUACCGUUGUCCAUGGGAAGGCUGUAGCUGGAAAUUUGCCCGCUCUGAUGAACUGACACGUCACUACCGGAAACACACGGGUCAGAAACCGUAUGAGUGCAUGCUGUGUCAGAGGGCUUUCUCCCGCUCAGACCACCUGGCUCUGCACAUGAAGAGACACACCUGACUGACCAUUAGAACCACUCCACAAUGUCUUCAGUCCUUUUACUGAUAACCAAUGUUUAAACAUUCGCCUGCGGGUAAUUAUUGCCUUACAGAGUAGUACUUAACAUAUGACAUUUAAUAUUAAAUUUUUUUAUUAUUUCUGCUUGUAUGACUCAUGCUCUCACUAUAAGGACCUUCAACAGCUCUCAUGUUCUCCUGAUUGAAAAUACAUUUUCCUUGCAUGAUCCCUAUAAACACAAACAAGAUUAAAAGAAAAUAAAAUGAACUUUCUUUAUCAGCCACGUGAAAAGUAAUGAGCUGGGAAUUUUUAAACCCUGCAAAACUUACAUGAGGACCAUUGAAAGCCUGUUAAACCAACACUGUAUAUAUUAUGGGCAUGUGGAUGAAUAGCC